GAAAUCAUAUAAGAAAACUGAUUCUCAGUGAGGUUACAUGAUUAAGAGGAUAGGCUGGCAUUUUAUAAAGCUGGGACCAGAACCCAAGUGCUUGGUGUACCUGGUUUGUGUCCUGGUUACUAAGUAUGGUCAUCAACCACUGUAAAUAACCUACCAAUUAUUUUUUUCUAGCAGUUAGGGUUGAUUUGCAACUGAUUUCUCUUUUUUUGGUGUAAUGUUUUAUGACCCUGCUGUGGUUUGUGAAAUGCUUGACUUGGCUUAGUGCUGUAAAUUGUGGCCAGGGAAGUAAGCAGAGCUUGCAUAGAGUAGGGGGAUCUUAAUUUGUGCUGUAACCAGUUGAACUAUACAAAUGUACUAUAUAUAGGUGAAGGGUGCAGAAAUAGUGAUGGCUUUUUAGAUUUUUCUGCACUAGUACCCUCUAAUUCCCUUAUCAUUUAUGAAGGAAAAUAUGUCUUUGAGGCUACAGAGGUUUUGUUCAUAAAUUUGAAUUCAUAUUUAUUGAUUUCAAGGGAAAAGAUUUAAAAAUGGCAUAAAGAUAAUGGAAAAUAAGCUAUCCUUUAUGUUUUCAAGAAGGGCAGAUUUAUGAAUUUUUCAGAAAACAGUGCUUCUUGAUUAUAUGCCAUUAUAUUUAUUAAUUAUGUGCCAGCCUUAUCUAUAAAUAUAAAAAUUUGUUAAAGGCACAUAUAAUUAAGGGAGUUUUAUUUUAAUAAGGUCAUAUUGUUUUUAUUAUAUUUAAACAGCCUUGGUUUCUGAAUAGAGCAUAUAAUUGUAUGUCAGUCACUAGAAUUUCACUGUGUGUUUUUUGUUGGCUGCCACAGCUUGGGAAAAAUUGAUAAAAUUAAUAUCUACUUGAAUUUCUUGUAAUACAUUACUAUUUGUUAUGUAUACAACAGUAGUUGGCAUCUUAAUUGCAUCUUCAUUAGGAAAAAUAAAAAGCAUAAGACACAACUUCUGCCUACUGUGAAUAAACAUCUAAAUGGUAAGAUAACAUUAUAGUCUGCCACCUGAGUACUGUAUUACUAUGUGGGCAUUUCCAGGGUUCCGCCUAGUGGCUCAGCUUAAAGUCAGGGGAAGCUCGGGCCCUGUGUCUUCCCUACCCCUCCGCCCAGCGCAGGCGUUUUUCUUCCCGCCCCACUUCGAUGUCUCUCCGCCCCGCCCCGCCUCUUCGCCGGGCGGAGGGAAGCAGUCCCGCCCCUUCGUGGCCUCCGUUACUCUCCUGCGACCCCGUCGCCUAGAGUGACGUCACGGGCCUCGACCGCUUUCAUUGGUCCAUUUCAAUAGUCGCGGGAUACUUGAACUGCAUGAACAGCCGCCGCUCCGGCGGGCUGCUUGCUACAGCUCGGGGACGUCUUUGGCCCGCCACGCCUGUCCGUGCUUGGCCUUGCCUGCCCGCGCCUUUCACGACCCCCUUGAUCCUACGUGGUCUGGAGCCGGGUGAGCAGGCAGGCGGGCAGGCUGGCCUGGGCUGCGGUGGGCAGCUACGGCUGGAUUCCUCGGCUGAGUUGGCGCAACCGGUCGGCUGGCGGGGAGUGCACGCUGCUUGGCGCCGCAGGCUGAUCCCGCCGCCCGCCUCCGGGAACAGUGAUGUUGGGCAGCUCUGCGCCGGGGCCUUCAGCCGGCGAGGCAGGCUCGGCACUGCUAACAUUGCAGCAGACGGCGCUCCAAGAGGAUCAGGAGAACAUCAACCCGGAGAAGGCAGCGCCUACCCAGCAGCCUCGGACCCGGGCUGCGCUGGCUGUACUGAAGGCCGGGAACCCGCGGGGUCCAGCGCCGCAGCAGAGGCCCAAGACGCGACGGGUUGCACCUCUUAAGGAUCUUCCUAUAAAUGAUGAUCAUGUCACUGUUCCUCCUUGGAAAACAAAUAGUAAACAGCCUGCAUUCACCAUUCAUGUGGAUGAAGCAGAAGAAGAGACUCAAAAGAGGCCAGCAGAAUCCAAAAAAACAGAACAUGAAGAUGUCCUGGCUUUUAAUUCAGCUAUUACUUUACCUGCACCACGAAAACCACUGGUACCCAUUGAUUAUCCAAUGGAUGGUAGUUUUGAAUCACCACAUACUAUGGACAUGUCAAUUGUAUUAGAAGAUGAAAAGCCACUGAGCGUUAAUGAAGUACCAGACUACCAUGAGGAUAUUCACACAUACCUUAGGGAAAUGGAGGUUAAGUGUAAACCUAAAGUGGGUUACAUGAAGAAACAGCCAGACAUCACUAACAGUAUGAGGGCUAUCCUGGUGGAUUGGUUAGUUGAAGUAGGAGAAGAAUAUAAACUACAGAAUGAGACUUUGCAUUUGGCUGUGAACUACAUUGAUAGAUUCCUUUCUUCGAUGUCUGUGUUAAGAGGAAAGCUUCAGCUUGUGGGCACUGCUGCUAUGCUGUUAGCUUCAAAGUUUGAAGAAAUAUACCCCCCAGAAGUAGCAGAGUUUGUGUACAUUACAGAUGAUACCUAUACCAAGAAACAAGUUCUGAGAAUGGAGCACCUAGUUUUGAAAGUCCUUUCUUUUGACUUAGCUGCACCAACAAUAAAUCAGUUUCUUACCCAAUACUUUUUGCAUCUGCAGCCUGCAAACUGCAAAGUUGAAAGUUUAGCAAUGUUUUUAGGAGAAUUAAGCUUGAUAGAUGCUGACCCAUACCUAAAGUAUUUACCAUCACUUAUUGCUGGAGCAGCCUUUCAUUUAGCACUCUACACAAUCACGGGACGAAGCUGGCCUGAAUCAUUAGUACAGAAGACUGGAUAUACUCUGGAAAGUCUUAAGCCUUGUCUCAUGGACCUUCACCAGACCUACCUCAAAGCACCACAGCAUGCACAACAGUCAAUAAGAGAAAAGUAUAAAAAUUCAAAGUAUCAUGGUGUUUCUCUCCUCAACCCACCAGAGACACUAAAUCUGUAACAGUGAAAGAAAGACUGCCUUUGUUUUCUAAGAUGUAAAUCACUCAAAGUAUAUGGUGUACAGUUUUUAUCUUUGGUUUUAAUUUUACAAUCAUUUCUGAAUACAGAAGUUAUGGCCAAGUACAAAUUAUGGUAUCUAUUACUUUUUAAAUGGUUUUAAUUUGUAUAUCUUUUGUACAUGUAUCUUAGAUAUUUGGCUAAUUUUAAGUGAUUUUGUUAAAGUAUUAAUGAUGCCAGCUGUCAAGAUAGUAAGAAUUAAUAAAUUGAUUUGGAAAACUU